GAGAAAGAGGUGCAAAGAUUUCAAGGCAGCUUUGCCGGCAUUAAUUUGAAAAACUGAAGUCGAAAUCCUGUUCAACGUUCAUCUCUCUUCUCUUGUCACAACCAAGCUAGUCUAGCUAGGUCAGUGCAAACAGACAACAGUACAGCAGUUGCAAACAGACAGAAAGCAUCUAGAAAGAACAAUCAACCAUGACAACCCCCAAAUCAGAAGUGAAGCUCCGACGCAUGUCCAUCGGUAGAUCGUCGGCAGUCAAGGCAUCUGCGACCACAAGUUCCGAUGAAAAUCCAAAGAUGCAGAAGGAUACAUUGAGAAUCCAACAGCUCUUCCCCAAGGUCCACGAAGAUCUCCCCAAGCUUCUCUGGCUGAUUUCUCGUGGUGACUCGGAAGAAACCAAAACUGCUCUCGCUGGACUGAAUACUCUGCUGGAGAAAGAAAGCGAAGGAGAUGAAACCACUCUGGCAUUGUAUCGAGUCUGUGGUCAUGCCACAAUCAUCAAAGCCAUGCGACUCUAUUCCGACAAUGUAACGGUCCAGCUGACAUCGCUACAGGCUCUGGACCAUUUGGCCAAUCAACAACGAUGCAAGAAGAUCGCCUUUGAUGAAUACACGUACAUGCGAACCAGCUUGGUGGCAUUGGGGGCGAUUGACCUUGCCUUGACGGCCGCUACUUCACUUGCUAACUUUAGCAAUGUUGCUGUCAGAGCACUUGGUCUGGUGGAAAAACUCAUGGAUGUCUAUACGUUUGAAGAACUGUUCCACCUGAAGAUCAUGGAGACUACUGCGACCAUUAUGAAGAACUACCAAAGUUCUGGGAACGUCCAGAGCCGCGGAUGUGACAUCUUUCACAAGGCCACCAAGAAAUGCUCUGGUCCAAACCGGACGAUGUUUGAAGGCAUACAAACAGUGUCUUUGUUGGGGGCAGUCAUGGAACGCUUCAAGGACGAAAAGGUGUACACCAAAGCUGACAACGUGUUGCAAGGAAUCCUUUCCAUCAAGUCAAACAAGAGAAAGAGGAAUAGUUUGUAGACAUGUGAAUUCAAGGCUCUAAAAUGUAGUUGCUUGUUGACUCCGUUAUUAGUAAAACAAGUUUUAGUAUCACUUCAGCAGU